AUGGGGGUUUAUGCUCUAGACUUACGGGGAUCGUCCUGCCUCCAGCUGAUCCAGUUCAAGGCAGACAUCAACGCAGUGAACGAACACGGCAAUACCCCUCUGCACUAUGCCUGCUUCUGGGGACACGACCAGGUGGCCGAGGACCUCGUGAGCAACGGGGCUUUGGUCAGCGUUGCUAACAAAUACGGUGAGACACCCAUCGACAAAGCCAAGACGCCACUGCGGGAAGUCUUGAAGGAGCGUGCUGAGAAGCUGGGCCAGAGCCUGACCAAGAUUCCCUACAAGGACACCUUCUGGAAGGGCACAACCCGCACACGUCCCCGAAAUGGGACACUCAACAAACUUGCUGGAAUAGACUUCAAACAGCUGAGCUUGGGCCAAAAACUCAACGAGAACCAGUCAGGAGAGUUGUGGAAAGGGCGCUGGCAAGGCAAUGACAUCAUUAUCAAAAUGCUGAAAAUAAGGGACUGGACCACGCGGAAGAGCCGAGACUUCAAUGAGGAAUAUCCAAAGCUCCGGAUCUUCUCACAUCCCAACGUGCUGCCAGUGCUGGGUGCCUGCCAGGCCCCCCCUGCACCCCACCCCAUCAUCAUCAGCCACUGGAUGCCCUACGGCUCCCUUUACAACGUGCUACACGAGGGAACAAACUUCGUGGUGGACCAGAUGCAGGCAGUGAAGUUUGCCUUGGACAUUGCGCGCGGCAUGGCCUUCCUGCACACGCUGGAGCCCCUCAUUCCCCGCCACCACCUCAACAGCCGCAGCAUCAUGAUCGACGAGGACAUGACGGCGCGGAUCAGCAUGGCCGACGUCAAGUUCUCCUUCCAGUGCCCGGGGAGGAUGUACGCGCCAGCCUGGGUGGCACCAGAAGCCUUGCAGAAGAAGCCCGAGGAAAUUAACAGGCGCUCAGCAGACAUGUGGAGCUUCGCUGUGCUGCUGUGGGAGCUGGUGACCCGCGAGGUGCCGUUCGCAGACUUGUCCAACAUGGAGAUAGGCAUGAAGGUGGCAUUGGAGGGGCUGCGUCCAACCAUCCCGCCUGGCAUCUCCCCACACAUCUGCAAGCUGAUGAAGAUCUGCAUGAAUGAGGACCCAGCCAAGCGCCCCAAGUUUGACAUGAUCGUGCCUAUCCUGGAGAAGAUGCAGGAGAAGUAAAGGGAGGUGCCUCCCAGCC